AUGCAUACGGAUAUAUUAAAAGUAGAGGGAAACAUGUCUAGAAUAGCGAGGGAAAUAGAGAAGGUACCUGUUGCAUUCCCAACCGAAACAGUGUAUGGACUGGGUGCGCCAGUUUGGAGAGAAGAUCUUAUUAAAAAAGUGUUUGAAAUAAAAAACAGACCCCAGGACAAUCCGCUAAUAGUGCAUGUCUCGUCUUUGGAGCUUCUAAGAACGUGUAUUGAUGGAGAAAUACCAGAAGUCUACCAUGCGCUUAUUGAUGCAUUCUGGCCAGGCCCUUUAACUCUUCUCUUCAAAAAGAGUAAAGAGCUUCCAUACUCUGUAACAGCAGGCAGCGAAUACGUGGCAAUCCGCAUGCCAGACCACAAAGAUACCCUUCGGGUAAUUGACCAUAUUAACCAGCCGCUUGUUGGUCCUUCUGCAAAUAAAAGCAGCAGGCCAAGUCCUACAACAGCACAGCAUGUGUUUGACGACCUAAAUGGGUGUUUGUCGCUAAUUAUUGAUGGAGGAGCGUGUGAAAAAGGCAUCGAAUCAACCGUUGUGAAUGGAAUAUUAGACACACCGCUUUUGCUGCGGGCAGGAGCCAUCUCAUAUGAAGAAAUAAAAGAAUACCUUCCACGACUAGAAAUCAACAAAGGGACAAGCACUGUGGAUGGAACUGUGUCACCAGGAACCAGAUAUAAACACUACUCCCCAUCCGCAACAGUCAUUAUGAUAACAGGAACAGCUGAAGAAAUUGGCAGCAAGCUAAGCAUAGUAGGAAAACUAUCAACUGCUCUAAGCAGAGAAAUAUCCUCUAAUGAGCCCAAAAGAGCAUUUGGGUUUCUUCUGCCAGACAGCUAUAAAGAAUAUAUAAAGGACGAAGAUACUGCAUAUUUCCUGGGAGAAGACGCAAAGACAGCAGCACAAAGAAUAUUUGACGGUCUAAGAUAUCUAGAUAGACAUGUAUCUGUCAUAUAUACAGCAGAAAUUCCAAAGAAUAACGAAGGAAGAGGUGUUAUGGAUAGACUUACAAAGGCAGCCACGCAUUUUAUAUGA